GCAGGCCUGGAGAACCCCAGGACAUUCCAGAGGGAUGCUGUGAUUUAGGGAUGAGCCAUCAGCUCCCCCCUGAACCCAAAGCACUCCCGGGGUGUGACCAACACCAAACCUGACCCGGGGAAACCGGGGCCACCCACACGGCUCCCCCAGCCCUGCCCCGCGCGGGCAGAGCCGGCAAUUAAAGCUCUGUGGACAGGAAGGAGGAGAGGCAAUCCCAACGUGGAUCAGGUGAGUCACCCCGGGAGCCCGAGGAAUGGGGAGGCAAAAAAAUAAAAAAAUAAAAAUCCAUUGGCGAAUUAAACCAACGGGCAGAGCUGUGGGAUGGGGAGGGGCUUCUCCUCCAGGUGGGGUGGGCAGAGAGGGUAUAAAAGAGCUCCUGGCCCCGAGAGCCUCACUCCCCUCUCAUUCCUUCCUCGUCUCUUCCCUGCACGAGCAGCUCAGCUCACCCAGCACAGCCCCAUGUGCUCCCGCCAGGAGAAGGACCAGUGCCACCGGCAGCAGCGCCAGAGCAGCGGCGGCUGCCACAGCUCGGGAGGUGGCUGUCACAGCUCCGGUGGUGGCUGUCACAGCUCUGGUGGCAGCUCCGGGGGCUGCCACAGCUCCAGGGGCAGCUCCGGUGGCUGUCACAGCUCCGGCGGUGGCGGCUGUCACAGCUCGGGGGGUGGCGGCUGUCACAGCUCCGGGAGCUCGGGCUGCCACGGGAAGCCGCAGAUGCAGGGCCAGCAGCAGCAGCAGCAGCAGCAGCAGGUGCCGCAGGUGCCGCAGGUGCAGCAGGUGCCGCAGCAGAAGAUGAAAUGAGAGCGUGGCCCAGCUCCAGCAGCCCCGGCCCCGCGGGUGCGGCUCCCCGGAGCUCCCCGAGCCUGCCCGGUGCCCCCGGGAGCCCGGGAAGGGCCGGGCUGGGGCUGCCCCGGUGCCCCGGGCUGUGCCCCGGCCCCGCCGGGUGCUCAAUAAAAAAUCGCAUUGCCUAAA